UAACAAGUUUGCGGUUAAUUAAACUAAAUCUAAUAUUCAGCUGGAAAUAUUUGAGUUAAUAUCUGGUUCUGUCACAUCGUAACUGAUCUCGCCUGUGGCGGGUCCUUUGUUUGUGCCUCCUAAGACGAAACUGUUCGUGCUGUAAAUACUGCGUCAAUAUUGAUAAUAACACAUACUUCAAAUCUUUUGUUUAUGGAAACACUUAGCGUUGGAUAAGCUAAAGAUAAUCUUCCCAAACAGCUGGAUACAGUCCACAAUCAGCACGGUGCUGUGUUAAUUGCCCUGCCUUUAGCAAUUUGCAUUGCUUUGCUUCUAAGACUCUUCCCACGCAAUAGACAUGGGACCGCUCCGUCUUUGAUGAACUCUUUUGAUUUCCGCCUGGAAGAAACGUUUUGUCGUCGCAAUCUUCACCUCAAGGUGACAACACUUGAUCUUACAAUGUAGCUAACAUGUCAUAAUCAGUUACCUUUGGAAAUUGGUGUGCGUGACUAAUUAUUCUCGCUGUAUCAUUCUAUUAAAAGAACAAGUUACAAAGUUGUGCUUUGCGUGUUAAUCAGUCCCUGGGCUUGCUACAGCUGCAUUUUAUCCGGCUUCUCUUGUCCAAGAAAUCGACAUGCUCCAUUUACACGGACAACGAUUAAGAAAAACUGGGUCGAAAACAAGACAGCGGAGCGUGAGCUUGGGUCAGCCCCGUGUAUUUCAGCGCUUCGGAGAGCACUCGAAGCAAGCAGUUAUUCAACCAUACCGCAGCAAAAGUAGAAAGGCAAGCGAUCGUACUAAUGGAAUCACAGUCAACGUGAGCGGAAGGAGGUACUUCUUUACGGUGAAGUUGUUAUCUCAGUUUCCUCACAGUUUACUAGCGCAUCGGGCGAAACGAUCGUUUUUCUACGAUUCCAUACGAGAUGAAUUAUUUUUCGAUAGGAAUCGAACAGCGUUUGAAAGCGUCUUCAAUUUUUAUCAAUCAAAAGGAGAGUUGAUGCUACCGGAUGAGAACUUCCCCGAACAGCUCUUUGCAGACGAGUUGCAAUUUUUUGGACUGUACCAGUAUGUCAGCGAAGAUAUUAAGAAGAACAAGUUAGCAGUUCCUAGUGUCUUGAAAAAGAAACGCGUUGCCCCUUCAAGAAAAUUCCAGAAGGAAGUAUGGAAGAUCUGUGAGAUUCCUGAUUCAAGCAGACUCGCGAGGCUGGUGAAUUUGUUCUCAUUAUUAGUUAUUGUCUGUUCUGCUUCAAUUCUCUUUAUUGACACUCUCCCUACUUUCAGGAGCACAAAAACCAUGACCUCUACAUCGAAUUUUACAUCGAUCUCUACAAAGGAUUCUAUUUACGAGAAAAGCACCAUAUCGCCUGAAAAAGUCAAGAUUAUCAAGAUCAUCUCGAUAGUGGAAGCUUGCAACAUUGCCUGGUUUACGUUCGAGCUUCUCGUACACUUCAUCGUUUCCCCAGAAAAACGAAAUUUUUUCCUUCGACCGUUAAACGUCAUCGAUUUAAUCGCAAUUGUACCAUUUUACAUCUCACAGUUUAUUGCCUCUUCGUCCAUUGGUACUCCGCUGUACAUUUUGCGCGUGCUCCGUUUGUCCAGAGUUUUCCGGGUAAUGAAAUUCUCUCGGUACAUUUCAACGAUGAAAGUCCUUGGAAAAACUGUCAGAGCGAGCAUUGGCGAUCUAUGGACGAUGUGUUUUCUGAACAUAAUUGGAACUGUUCUGUUUGGUAGCACAACUUAUUACUGUGAGAGUUGGGACGAGGAGACUGAGUUCGAGAGCAUUCCCGUGGCCUUUUGGUGGGCCAUAGUGACCAUCACUACAGUCGGUUAUGGAGACCUGGUGCCGAGAACACUUUGUAAGUCAAAAACCAAUAUUUGCUUUUAACGGAAAUAAAACAUGAUUUUUUUUCGUGUGAAAGGAAAAGACGAAUGAAGGUUUGAGAACGAGAAAUCCUAAACGCGAGCCAUAAGCGAGUGUUUCCAAGGGUUUCCUGCACUUUCUCAAACUUUCAUGUGUAUUUCUGUAAGUCAAUAGAAGGACGGAGAAAAUUACCUCUAUUGCU